AUGGCACUGAGUCAGGGAGCUAGUCUCAUUCUCCGUGAAGACCUAGAGAAGACAUCAAAUCCCAACUCCUGUGAAGUUCCAGGAAUAAUGUCCAGCACCACGUCUAGGCCUACCCCAGACCCGGCUCUUGUUCCUCUCCCGGCACAAGACUUGGCUCUCACUUCAGUCUUUCAUCCAGCUCUGAAUCCUGACCCAGAGGGGGACCCUAGCCCAGUGCCUAAUGACAUCCCCAGCCCCAACACCAGUGUGGCCAUGGCCUCAUCCUCCAUCCAGAUCAACAGCUGCUCUGUGGACACCGCAGACCAGAGUUUGAACCAUACCUCCAGGCCUGACACAGCAGGGACUCUCUGCCCAGACUCACAACCAGUUAAAAGCCCCAGCUCUACCCAGGCCACUAUUUUGAGUCCAGAGAAUCCUAGGCCAGGCUCUGAGGAUGCCUCCAAGUCCCUCUCAGGCAAGGUUUUUGAUUUGGGUCAGAAUAACGCUAAUCCUUCCAGGCCUGAGCCAAACCUAUUUGUAAGGGCUCUUUCUAGAGACGCCAUGGUCCGGAGUCAUAGCAUCUCCAGGCAGGGUUCCCAGGUGCCUCUUCUUCUACCCUCUAACACGUCUUUGGAGCGCAUGCGCUCUGAGAACACCUCCAAGGUGAACCUGGGUAUCGUCCCACACCCAAGUGAGGCCGUCUCACUAACGUCACAUACUAUUUUUGCAUCUGUUUCCAAAGAAGCCAUGAGGAUACCCUGGAACACAGGUUCCAAGGGGUCCAUCAAUGUAGUUUCCAACAGCCAGCCCAGGUCUGGUUUAAAUGUGACAGUCAGGCAGGCCUCACACCUCAGCCUGAUUCCCGGCUCCAGCGAGGUCCUCAGCCUGCACUCGAGUGCCCGAGCACCCAACUCCACUCUCUCUCCAUCUUCUUGCAUGACGCUGAUCCUGGGCUCUGAGUCCCUGAGCAUGGACUCCAGCUUCAUGGUGAGUGACACCUCCACCUUGACCCUGAGCAGCCAGCGGGACUAUUCUGAGGACAACAGCAUCCGCACCAUGCCCCUGGAGGAGAAUCUGGGGAGGUGGGAAGGCCUCCAGAGUGUCACAGCCUUCCGAAGCCUCCCUGAAGGAACCUCAGAAGAUGCAAAGGCCAGUGGAUCAGAGAAGAGAGAUGAUGACAACAGAACAGCUUUGGUAGAGGACAUAAUCACUUUCCAGACGAACCCAGAGAAGAUGGAAAUGAAAGGGGAAAAGGAGACAACGGUGAAGAGGAUGAUGAGGCAGAUUCAGGAGGAGCCACUGGAUUCCCUUUUGAGUCCCACCCGACGGCAAGCCAUGGAGAUCCUGACCCAGCUGAGCCACACUAAGCCCGCCCUAAGCGUGCGGGAGAGGGCGGACCUGGUGAACACUUGCCUGCGGAGCGUGUUCCCGCUGCCUUCAGUGCAGAGCAUGCAGGAGAAGGACGAGGCCAGGGCGGAAGUCAUCCAGACGCUUUACCACCAGACCCUGGAUUCCUUGCAGAAGCUGCUCAAUGCCCUCUUUAUUGAAGACCCCACUCCUGCUGGGCUGAAGAGCAUCCUGGAGCCUCUGGGGCCCUGGAUGAAUUCUGGGAAGGCUCAUGAGCGAGCACGGGCUGUGAACAGCAACGUCUCCGUGCUGAACCACAUGCUGGUGACCCUGCCUUUCUUUAUGUCCUCGGGGUUCCCAAUGCUGGGCUUCCUGCUGGGGAGGCUGCUCCUUCGAAUCGGGGAUCCUGAUGAGGAGAUCGGCCGGGAGGCUCUGGACGGCAUCACGAUCCUCUACACUAUCCUGGUUCUCCAGAAACGGACCAAGGACAAGGAAGAGACCAACAAGACAGAGCUUUAUGAGAACAACAAGCACUUCUUGGGUCCCUACAACCCUGUCAGCCCGUGCCAGAACAUUCUGCGUGUCAUUGCGGAAUUUGGAGACUUCCUGGGGCCCCAUCAGGUAAGGGACCUGCUGCUAGCAGCCUUGGAAGGCCUGAAGGACAUCUCAGAAGCCCAGGGGAAGGACGCCGGGGAGAUGAUGCAGCUGGCUUCGGAGGUCAUGCUCAGCUCGGUGCUGGAGUGGUACCGCCACAGGGCGAUGGAGGUGAUCCCAGAAAUCAUGCAGGGCAUCUACAUGCAACUGAGCCACAUACAGGAGCCGCGGGCGCGUGAGGUAGCCCUGCUGCCCAUCUCCUUCCUGGCCAGCUCCUUCAUGACUGAGGUUGUGGUGGCUCUGCUCAUGUGCCCCCUGCCACUGGACAGCAAUGGGGCAGAGAUGUGGAGGCAGCUGAUCCUUCGAAAGCCCAGCUGUGACGUCCGAGACCUGCUGGAUCUGCUCCUGACUAGCCUGAAGGAGAAGCCUGUCACCAAGAAGGGUCGGGCCUCAAUCGUGCCCCUGGCGGCAGCCAGCGGCCUGUGCGAGCUCCUGUCCGUCAACAGCUGCGUUGGCCGCGUGAGGCGCAUCUACCCGCAGCUGCUCCUGGCCCUGCUCAUCCAGGUGCACUACCACAUCGGCUUCAACCUCCCGAGCCGCAUGGCUUCCCGGAAGGACUUCAGGGAUGACUCGCAGACUCCUGUCCUCGUACCUGUGCGCUGGAUGGUGAAGGUGGUGAAAACCCUGCUACUGAAAAUGGGCUGUUCUUAUGAGUCCAAGUUUCUGGAGGAGCAGGGUGGCUGGGAGCUCAUGGGCCAGGCGGAGAACCACUACAGGGGAGUGUCCCUGCUGGCAAGGGCCAUGGUGCACUACUCCUGCCAGGAGCUGUGUCGCAUCCUCUACCUGCUCAUCCCACUGUUGGAGAGGGGCGACGAUAAACACAAGAUCACAUGCACCGCCUUCUUUGUGGAGCUGUUCCGAAUGGAGCAGGUGCGUCGCAUCCCGGAGGAGUACUCCCUGGGGAGGAUGGUAGAAGGCCUGAGCCACCGUGACCCCGUCAUGAAUGUGCUGUCCAUCCGGGGCCUCGUCAUCCUGGCCCGUAGGACUGAGAAGAUGGCCAAGGUGCAGGCCCUGCUGCCCUCCAUGGUGAAGGGCCUGAAGAACAUGGAUGGGGUGCUGGUGGUGGAGGCUGUCCAUGACCUCAAGGCCGUCUUCAAGGAGCAGGGCAAGAAGCCAGUGGACAGCUCAGUCUAUGUGGAGCUGCUGCAGAUCCUGCUGCCUCACUUCAGCGACGAAAGAGAAGAGGUGCAGGUCUCCUGCAUCAACAUAUAUGGCAAAGUGGUUCAGAAGCUCCAGACGCCCCGCACCCAGGCCAUGGAGGAGCAGCUGACCAGGACGCUAAUGCCCCUGCUGCUCGUCAUGCAGGAGGGCAAUGCCAAGGUGGGCCAGAAAUGUGCGAAGACCCUGUUCCGCUGCUCUUGCUUCAUGAAUUGGGAUCUGCCAAAAAGGGCUUACAGCCAGAAGCCCUGGGACAACCAGCUACAGACGGUGGCCAAAAUUUGCAAGUAUCUCGUCAACUCUCAGAGAGAUAGCAUCUUCACAUUCCUCAGCCAGAGCCUGGAGUACGCCAAGAACCCACAGGCCUCCCUCCGGAAGUCUUCUGUCAUCUUCAUAGGGUCCCUGGUCCCCUGCAUGGAGAACAUCAUGACUGAAGAGUGGCUGAAUGAAGUGAAGGCCGCUCUGGGGAUCUUGAGACAUGAUCCAGAAGCAUCCGUGUGUAUCUAUGCAGCCCAGGCCCAGGACCACAUUAUGGCCAGUUGCUGGCGGAACUCUUGGCCACUGCCACAUGGAGAUUCAUGGGUGUGUGACCCAUCCAGUACACACCGCUGGAGCCCCAGCUGUGAGAACCUGCCCACUUCCCACCAGCGACGCUCCUGGAUCAUGCAGGCGCUGAGUUCCUGGAAGAUGUCUUUGAAACAGUGACAUAUCAAAACCCCCAGCCAGAUCAUUGCAAAUACCACGUGGUCAACCUCUCCUUCCAGAUGGCUUCCUCAUGAGAGAUACCCCGAGCCCCUGUGUAGCCCUCACUCUGACAAGUCUGUGAAAAGAGUAUGGCCUUCCUUUGUUGACUCACUUGACAUUUACAGAUGUGUGAGGGCUGUUUUGUUCGCUCUGUAUAACGGGAUACUGAGGCUCAGAGCAGUAAAGUGACUUGACC